AUGCCUCGAAAUGUUGAAUACGAGAACCACCUGCCCCCGCGACCUGCCGCAGCACCAUGGACUGCUUCACGAUGCAACCGAACAUUACGACAGCUCAAUUCGUUCGUGAAGCGACUUGAGAAAUGGCACAAGGACUACCUGGCUCUCCAAACACAAAAUGAAGUUGGAAAAGACGAGAAGAAUGGGGAUGCAGAUGCAGAAUCUACAACCAAGAGUGGAGAUGAGCCGCUGGCGUGGCUGUCAAACCCUACCGGCAGACGGCAUGGAAAGACGAUGAAGAGUUAUGCCUCACGCCAGAAAAUCGUGCCUGAAACUCCGGCCGCUCAACGCCGUCCACUUGUCCGAUCGAUACAGCGAACCCCUAAUGCAUAUACACAGCUUUCCGACGCUAUCUUGCUUAAGACGCCCGCAGACACAUCCGUGGGGAAUGCUUUAAACCGCGGUCACACAGGGAGGAAGAAUGUCCUGAAUCCUCGAAAUCCUCAAAGGCAAGACCCGAGCACUGACUCUGACGCGCGUACGAAGGAAAGAACGUCUUUGGCUACGAGUCGUGCAGGUAUCCUUCGGAAUGGUAACACCGUCAUCACUUCCUUUCUAGUCGCAACAUCCGAUCCCAAGCUGCCCGCUCAAUGGAAAGGGUCAAGAACUGAAGAAGCGAAGGCAGACGAGCGAGGGGCGAAAUCAUUAGUGUCAAUGUGCUUGGUUAAGGUAUCUCAAAAUAUGAUCGAGGAACAAAAGCAGAGCGACGCCAAGCAUGAUGGAUAUGAGGGCCAGUGCGACGUUGUUGACUCUGAGCUGGAAGCUCUCCAAGACUAUUUUGGGGAUUCCAAAAGAGGCUGGCCCUCACUGAGGACUGUGACUCGAAACUGCGGCAUAGCCAUGGUAUCACGUUUAAUCGAAUCGGGCGCAUUUCCCAAGGACCACGCUAGUGCUCUCGCGAUCCGUGCUUUCGACAAUCCUCUCCUCGCAGAUUUUGGAGAAGCGAUCACUGAAGUCCUGGUGAGGGUGGAUGCGAAUAGUUACAACACAUCUCCUGCUCUAGAGGGUGGAUCCGCCAUUCAUGCCUUCCAAUCAUACGCAUUCGAUGAGGGGGACCGUUGGCGGCAGUUGAUGCAGUUCAGGUGGCUUACCCAAGCAAUGCGACAGGAAUUCAAACCCGUACCCCUGAUUUCUCGGCUUCUCAGAUACGAUGUACUGACCAAGGCCGUCACGAUUUCCGUCAAACUGGAGCAGGUUGCUGCAGACGAUCUCAUUGAGACCACCUACUCCUGUGCACUUUUGGGCAAUUGUCGAGCUUCACAGGAGCACCUGCGUCAUAAGAAUCAUGAUGCACAGACAACAACCCAUAUUGGCUGCGAAGGGACGUGUUGUGAGCAGCUUACAGCAGAGCUAGAAAAAAGACUCAAGUUGAUCUCUAGACUGUUCUUCUCUUUCCAACUGAAGGGAACUAGUCAUCUGCUGGAGAAGAUUUGCACACAAGUGCAGGUGUUCAUCGCAUUGCAUGUGAUUCAGGCUAUACCACAGGGCCAGAAGCUUGUCAUAGCUCAGAUCUUCUUCAUCAACAUGGUUCUAGGUCUAUUGGCUGGGAAACCCCUUGAGAACUCUUUGCAGGAAUGUUUUGAAGAGCUGUUGUCUGGGUGUGACAGUGAUGCGGAGAAGCAGAUAGAAGCGCUUCUGAUAUCCACGUUGCUGCACGCAUCACUUCAUCCGAAGACGCUUAUGGAGGUAAUUUCAAGGAUGGCAAUAAAGUGCGAAAAAGAAAAGUGCACGGAAAAGGAGAGGCUCCAGGCGCUCCUUGCAAGGGUCUGCUCCGAGGCAGCCAUGGACUACGCCACGGACUAUGCCACUGAUAAACCUGAAAUUCAUACGUUCUUUCGGACUUGGGCCUCCGCCAUUGAAGAGAAAGCGCGGAACCGCAAUAGCUGCUCCGUCCAUAACGACGCCAGCCUACCCGAUCUGCAACAACGCAAGGUGUCGACCGGGUAUCGAUGGGACGAAGAUGUACGAGAAUGGGUUGAAAGGACCCCA